AUGUCUUCCUACUACUCCUCCUGGGAGCCCGAGGCUCCCACCGUCAAGACGGAGAUCCCUGGGCCCAAGUCCAAGGCCGCCAUCGCUGAGCUCGACAAGGUCUUCGACACCCGGAGCUUGAACAUGCUGACCGACUACCACAACAGCAAGGGCAACUACAUUGCCGACCCGGAUGGCAACGUUCUGCUGGAUGUCUACGCCCAGAUUGCCAGUAUCCCCGUGGGAUACAACAACCCUGCCCUCCUCAAGGCAGCUCAGGGCGAGGAGAUGAUCAAUGGCCUCAUCAACCGUCCCGCGCUGGGUAACUUCCCGCCCCAGGACUGGGCCAAUGUGCUCAAGACUGGUAUCCUCAAGGUGGCCCCCAAGGGCUUGGACCAAGUCUUCACCGCCAUGGCCGGAUCUGAUGCCAACGAGACUGCCUACAAAGCCGCCUUCAUGUACAGGCGGCAGCAGGAGCGUGGCGGCGCACAUGUCGAGUUCACCGAGGAGGAGAUGGAGUCCGCCAUGAACAACCAGUCACCCGGCGCCUCGCAACUAUCCAUCAUGUCAUUCAAGACCGCCUUCCAUGGUCGUCUGUUUGGUUCUCUGUCUACCACACGCUCUAAGCCUAUUCACAAGCUUGAUAUCCCUGCUUUCGACUGGCCUCAGGCCACUUUCCCUCAACUCAAGUAUCCUCUGGAGGAUCACGUUGAGGAGAACCGCAAGGCUGAGCAGGAGGCCCUCGCUGAGGUUGAGCACCUCAUUCUGAACUACCACGUGCCCCCUUGCGCCGUCAUUGUUGAGCCUAUCCAGUCUGAGGGUGGUGACAACCACGCCUCGGCCGACUUCUUCAAGGGUCUCCGUGCCCUGACCAAGAAGCACAAUGUCCUCAUGAUUGUCGAUGAGGUGCAGACCGGUGUUGGUGCCACCGGCAAGUUUUGGGCCCACGAGCACUGGAACCUGCCUGAGCCCCCUGACAUGGUGACCUUCUCCAAGAAGGCACAGACGGCAGGCUACUACUUUGGCAACCCUGAGCUGAGGCCCAACAAGCCAUACCGUCAGUUCAACACAUGGAUGGGCGACCCGGCCAGGGCCCUGCUCUUCCGCGCCAUCAUCGAGGAGAUUGAGAAGAACGACCUCGUGACCAAGACCGCCAAGGUGGGCGACUACCUCUUCGGCAAGCUCGAGGCCCUGGCCAAGAAGUACCCGGGCCAGUUCGACAACCUCCGCGGCAAGGGCAUGGGCACCUUCAUCGCCUUCGACAACCCGCGCCGCGACGAGUUCCUCAAGAAGGCCAAGUCGUUCGGCAUCAACAUUGGUGGCUCGGGCGCCAGCGCCGUGCGGCUAAGGCCCAUGCUCAUCUUCGAGGAGAAGCACGCGGACAUCCUCCUCGAGGCGCUGGAGAAGAUUGUUACGUCCUGGUAA